GAAUUGAUCCUAAAUAAUUUUAAAUUAUACAUCUGUCUGUCGAUCUAUUAAACAAAAUAACAAUGGGUGAUUCUGGUGACUCGUGCAAAGGUACUGUUGUUCUGGCAUAUAGUGGAGGAUUGGAUACUUCUUGCAUACUUGUGUGGCUAAAGCAACAAAACUAUGACGUUGUUGGAUUUUUGGCAAAUGUAGGUCAAGAUUGUGAUUUUGUGGAGGCUGAAAAGAAAGCUCUUCUUCUGGGCGCCAAGAAGAUGUACGUUGUGGAUUGCCGAAAUGAGUUCGUUACGAAUCACAUAUGGCCUGGUGUCCAAGCAAGUGCAAAAUACGAAAACCGAUACUUGCUUGGAACAGCGCUUGCGAGACCCUGCAUUGCAAGGAACAUGGUGGAAAUUGCAAAGAAGGAAAACGCGCAGUUUAUUUCACACGGAGCAACCGGGAAGGGAAAUGAUCAGAUCAGAUUCGAACUUGGUUGUUACGCUUUACUUCCUGGCGUAAAGAUCUUAGCUCCCUGGCGACUUCCUGAAUUCUACCUUAGGUUCAAAGGUCGAAAAGAUCUCAUUGAAUAUGCAGAACAAAAUCAAAUUCCACUUUCAAGAUCGAAAUCAAAAUUGUGGAGCAUUGAUGACAACUUAAUGCAUAUAAGUUAUGAAUCCGGAAUGCUGGAAAAUCCUGCAACAGAAGCAGAAUCGGAUAUGUGGCAGAUGACAGCUGCUGCUGAGAAAGCUCCAGAUACUCCAGUGAAACUUGCUAUUACAUUCGAUAAAGGAGUUCCUACUAAAGUUGUCAACGUCACAGAAAAUAUCGUGAAAACCGACCCUCUUGAAUUGUACACGUAUUUGAACAAAGUCGGUGGAGCGCAUGGAGUCGGUCGGAUAGACAUUGUCGAAAAUCGAUUCAUUGGGAUGAAAUCUCGAGGCUGUUACGAGACUCCUGCGGGGACAAUUUUAUGGGAGGCUCACGAUGACAUUGAGAUUUUCACAAUGGAUAAAGAAUUACUUAAAAUUAAACAAGGUUUAGCAGUACAAUUCAGUCAUCAAGUCUAUAACGGUAUGUGGUACAGCCCAGAGUGUGAAUUCACUCGAUUUUGCAUCGAUAAAAGUCAAGAGAAUGUUAAAGGGACUGUGUAUUUAAAAUUAUAUAAAGGAUCUGUCUAUGUUCUUGGAAGAGAGUCACCAAUCUCUCUGUAUAAUGAGGAGUUGGUCAGUAUGGAUGUUCAAGGAGAUUACGAUCCAAUCGACGCAGGUGGAUUCAUCAAAUGUAAUGCACUGCGACUCCAGGAACACAGUCGAAUUAAGAGAAAACAUAAAGAUUAGUGAUUUGGGGAACUGGGCAUUUCCAACAUGUUAGGGCUUUUGUGAAUAGCGUAACGAUGCAUUGUCCUUGUUUUGUGGUGUUAUGUAGUUAUGUAAAAAAUGAAGUUUGCCAUCGUGUCUGCAAAUGUUUUUUUUUAUGAUUUAAUCGCAAUUUAUACUCCCAAUUCUCACUUCAGAAAAUAAACAAACUUGAAUGAAUUGAAAGAAAUGUCCCCUGAUUUAGAAUCAAAAUUUUCAAAAUAUCUUUGUGUUCGCAAACUUUUUCAACUUUUGUUGCUGAGUUGCCAACUAAAAACUGAACAUCUUUAUUUCCAACUGCGUAUUCUAAAUUAAAAACAAUCAUGUUAUGUAUCUGUCGAAAUCAAAAGUAAACAAUCAUAUUUUUUUAUAAUUGAAGCGUUAUGACGCUUGAAUUAUUUUGAUAUAGUGUUCUACGGGAAAAUAGAUUGAAUAAUAUUUUAUUUGAAUUUAGUAAUGUAGAAUAGUUGAAAAAAACAUCGUUUUGAUUGAUUUUCCAGGUUCACAGUUGAAUUAGGUCUAUUUUUGCCUAAUCAUCAGAUUUUAACUGAUAUAUGGCAAAUUGUCAAAUGAAAAUAUUCAAAAUUAUUUUUAAAAUCAUAAAUUUACUAAACAGAAUAUAACCAAUUUCAAUAUUUGUUUUGAAAACCCCCUUUGUGGCAAUUAGACGAUCAUAAUUAUAUAUAUAUAUACUAUUAGGAGAAAUUCCUCUUCUGGGGUAAUUUCCUAAUUUAGAAGGAUCACCAUGAUUAAGAAUCGCUGAUUUAGACAAAUAUUAAUUUUCAGUAUACUGAUUAUGGAACGAUGUAUAUGGUUGCGGUAAUCAUUUGCUGCCAUGGUGCGUUAUUUUUCGGUAUCAUGCAUAGCAUUUUUUGUAGAUAGAAACGCUUUCUAAACCCCCAAGCUGUUUCGAUCAAACUUGGCAAAUAUAAUUUAAGACCCCCUUGAAAAUUCCUGGAUACACACCUGAUUGCGGUUAAACGUACUAGUUCGUUUAACUACCGAUUGUUUUUUCAUUUGUUCAUUCAAAUCUGAAUGAUAGUAAUUAUGUUCACUCGUUCAUUUUGUUAGUUGGAAGUUUUUUUUCAAUGUUCCGUUGUUUAGUUUUUUUGUUGUUGAUUUAUUCCGAUUGUGGUGAAAACAGGUUAUCGGAUGACCGUGCUUAUUAUAAAACAUCGAAAUUGCAAAAUAAAAGAUGCAUUGCUCUGUAUA